AUGCCUUCUGCCGAGACGAACGGCACGAAUGGGACGAAUGGUCUUCCGAAUUUCCAAUUCUUCAAUGUGAUCGAUGGUAAACUCCGCGACUCGAAGGAUCAUCACCAGGUCAUCGAUCCUCGUACCGAGGAGCCUCUCUGGGAUGCCCCUAUCGCCACGAAUCAGGAUCUCGACGAUGCCGUCGAGGCUGCAAACCGCGCUUUCAAGACGUGGAAAAACACCACCACAGCCGAGCGCCAGAAGGCCGUUCACGAUGUAGCCAACGUCAUUCUCGAGAACGUCGACGUCCUGGCGGAGCCUCAGAUGCGGGAAACCGGUAAAUCUAGGCCCAUGUCGAGAUUUGAUGUCGAGAGAGCUGCCUGGCACUUUGAAUACUACCGCACCGUAGCCCUAGAGGACGAACUCCAAUACGAAGACGACACGGUCCGGAUCGUCGCAACCCACGCGCCUAUCGGCGUGCUCGGAGCCAUCUCCCCCUGGAACUUCCCCCUAAUCCUCUCCACCAUCAAGGUCGUCUCCGCCCUCGCAACCGGGAACUGCGUGAUCAUCAAACCGUCCCCCUUCACGCCGUACUCGCUCCUCAAGUUCUGCGAGCUAGCCCAAUCCGUCUUGCCACCGGGCGUCUUCCAAGCCGUGAACGGCGGCGCCGACCUCGGCGAGAGCAUGACGCUGCACCCGGGCAUCCACCACAUCAGCUUCACGGGCACCACCGCCGUCGGCCAGCGCAUCCUGCGCAACUGCGCCGGCACCCUCAAGAAGACCAUCCUCGAGCUCGCGGGCAACAACGCGUGCAUCGUCUGCGACGACGUCGACCUCGACAAGGUCGUGCCCCAGGUCGCCACCGGCGCCCUCUUCCACGCCGGCCAGGUCUGCGUCGCCUCCAAGCGCCUGUACGUGCACGAGAAGAUCUUCGACAAGUUCCUCGACCGGUUAAUCGAGGAGAGCAAGAAGUUCUCCGUCGACGACGAGGACAGCGUCGCGUUCGGCCCGCUCUCGAACAAGGCGAACUAUGACCGCGCCGUCGGCUUCCUCGAGGACUGUAAGAAGAACGGGUAUAACGUCGUUACCGGCGGCGAGGUCAAGCCGAAGGGGAAGGGGUUCUGGAUCCCGCCCACGAUCGUGGUUAAGCCGCCCGAGGACUCGUUGUUGGUGAGGGAGGAGCAGUUUGCCCCUAUCGUCCCUGUCAUGUCCUGGUCAGACGAAGACGACGUCAUUGCCCGCGCGAACCUCGACAAUGCCGGUCUCGGCGCCUCCGUCUACACGCCGGACCUAGACCGCGCUCAGAAGAUCGCGCGCAAGCUCGAAUCCGGGACGGUGUGGAUCAACCAGUUUGAACGUCCUCACCACGCCGGUUACUUUGGAGGCUGGAAAAUGAGCGGUUUUGGCGGAGAGCUGGGAAAACAGGGUCUUCUGCACUAUUGCAACACCCAGAGUUGGCAGAUCGCUAAGUAG